AUGGCCAGGCCAACUGUGCUCGUUGCCCUGUUCCUGGUGGCCAUUUGCCUUGCCGCCACCUUCUCCGAUGCUGCGAGCGUGCAGUUCGUCGCCUCCACUUCGGAGCUGCUCAACCCAGGCCGCGGUUGGUACUCCCAAGCCGACAUGGACGUACCCGGAGGCGACCCCCUCAGCCUCGACGACUUGGUGGACCUUCGCGAUGGGGCGCCGCGCCAGUCGCUGCUGCUGCGCAACUACUGGCUGGUAGGCAACUCCUCCCUCAAGUUCAACCAGGGAGCGCCGUUGCCGCAGGAGUUCCUGACGACGAUGUCCAACGACUUGGAGGCGAUCCGUGAGGCCGGCAUGAAGGCGCUCCUGCGGUUCGGCUACACCCACACUGAUCCCACGGUGGAGGGCUUCGUGCCGCCCUACGGCGAUGCCUCGCUGAGCGUCGCCUCGGCCCACAUCACCCAGCUCUCCCCCAUCUUCAAGGCGAACGCGGAUGUGAUCUUCACGAUCCAGGCGGGUUUCAUUGGGACCUGGGGCGAGUGGUACUACACCGACUAUUAUGGUGGCGUUGGGAACUCCUCCGGUAACGCGGAAAGGAAGACGCUGCUCGACCGGCUGCUCGCGGCAACGUCGCCCUCGACCCCCAUCGCCGUGCGCACCCCGUACUACAAGUACCAACUGCUGAACCGCAAGACCACCCUCUCCACUUCCGAGGCCUACUCUGGAUCCAACGUCGCCCGGCUCGGUUUCCAUAACGACUGCUUCCUGUCGUCGGCUGACGACUUGGGCACCUACGUCGACCCCGGCUUUGAGUAUCCCUACCUGGGCAACGAAACCAAGUACACGACCAUGGGUGGUGAGACGUGUGCCAAGGACACCCGAUCCAGCUGCUACGCGAAGGACGGCGGCGCGGCCCUGACCGAACUCGCCCGGUUCCACUGGAAGUACCUGAACAUCGGCUACAACGAGCUCGUCAUCAACACGUGGAAGAGCGAGGGCUGCUUUAGCAACAUCACGCAGCGCCUGGGCUACAGGCUCCUCCUGUCGCCCAGCGCCACCCACACCUACACCAGCGCCGUCCGUCCCGGUCGCCGCUUUGAUGUGUCGCUGGUGAUCGAGAACGAGGGCUUCUCGGCUCCGCUCCACCAGGUCACUGUCUACCUGGUCCUCACCGCCGAUCGCCCUUCACCCUCAAGUACGCCAAACACGACACACCGCACACGCACCGCACACGCUCACCGUAUGGGUGCAUGA